AUGAGACGGGAAAAAAGUGACAAGAAACCGAAGUGCUGGAAUUGCGGAGAUGAAGGCCACAUAAGAAGAAACUGCAGAACACCCCAGCGCAGGGAAAAUAAGGCCAUUUCCCAGCAACGACGCAGGAAACAAAUUAAUGAUCAUAUCGUGGAGCGGAGUUUGAAAGAUGGUGAAAAACCCCGUUUUAAAACGCUCAAGAUUUCUGCAGUUAGUGGCAGCUGUAAUGGACUAUCCAUGAAUGGGCAUAUCGAUGGAGUUCCUAGCAAUAUGAUCAUUGACAUGGGAGCUAUUGUUAAUAUCAUUCGGAAAUAUUUAGCUCAACAAUUUAAAGAUAAACUCAUUUGUACGCCCUCUUGUGUUACCUUCCAGACUGCGUUGGGUGAUAAAAUCGACAUGGAUAGGAAGUUAAAUGUGAGCAUCAUGUUUGGAAGUGCUACCUACUGUCACAUGGCAUACGUGGCAGAUAUUACAGAUCCUUCCAUAUUCGGAUUUCGACUUUUUAAGGCAAUACAAUUUUUCCUUGGACUGUAA